AUGGGAAUCAAAGAACUGAUGAUCAUGGUCUUGUUCAUCUGUUCUUUUUGUUCUGCUGCAUCCACUACUCCUCUUGGAAAGAACUCAUCUUUAGUCCAGAUCACUUGGGAAGAUGUGAAAGCCGAUAAACAUCGAGAAAACUAUUUAGGUCACAGUCUCAAAGCACCCGUUGGAAGAUGGCAGAAAGGGAAAGACCUCCACUGGUAUGCCCGUGAUAAAAAAUCUGAGGCUGCUAAUUCAGAGGCUAUUAAAGAAGAGGUACAAAGGAUCAAGGAGGAAGAGGAGCAAGCCAUGAGAGAGGCUCUAGGCUUAGCUCCUAAACGGGCAAAAAAAUCUCAAGGUAAUCGACUAGAUAAACAUGAAUUUGCUGAACUUGUAAAGCGAGGUUCUACUGCAGAAGACUUGGGAGCUGGCCAUGCUGAAGCUGCUCAGGUUCAGGGUCUUGGUUUAUCUAAGGUGCCCCGUCCCUGGGAAGAAUCAAGUUUACCUGCCAGUCUGGAGUCCGAGUCAUUUGAGAAGAUGAGUACUCCCAUGCCAAUCGCACCUGCAAGGAAAGAUGAAGAAGAGUCUGAAGAUGAAAGUAGCAGAAAGAAAAGAAAGCGCGAGGAGAAGAGACGCGAGAAACAUGAAAAGCGAGAGAAGCGACAUUCUCGUGCUUCAGAUGACAAGAGGAAACACAACAAAGAGAAGGGAAAGAGAAGACACGAUUCAGAUUGA